AUGGCCGCCCCGCUCUUCCCGCGCCAGCCCUGGGCCCCCGCGCCGACCCGCCCGGACCCCGCCGUCGACCCCGGGGGCCUGUUCGACGAGCCCCCCCCGGAGGAGCCCCUCGCGGCCCGCGCGCCCAGGGCGGCGGCGGGCAGGAGGGCGGGUCGGCGCGCCGGCGGGAGGGCGCAGGGGGCCCGCACGGGGCAACCCCCCAAGGCCGCGGCGCGCCCCCCGCCCCAGGAGGAGGCGCCCCCCCGGGACGAGGGCUGCUACCUCGACCAUUUCCCGCACCUCUCCAUCUUUAUCUACGCGGCCAUCGCCUUCUCGAUCACCUCCUGCAUCUUCACCUACAUCCACCUGCAGCUGGCCUGAGGGCCCGGGGGCCCGGGGCUGGGGCGGGGGGCGAGGAGGGAGCCCGCGGGCUCGGCCUGGGUGUGCGGAGCGCGCUGCACACCCUCCAUCUAGCUUCUGCUGCUUGCUUCUUUUGUCCUGUGCUUGUCACUACCUUUGUGUCACUGCGCAUCUGGAGGCGCGUCCGAGGCAGCUGCCAGGAAUGAAAUAAGAGUGUUUGCGCCUGAGAUUCGGGGAGGGGGCCGUCACCCCUGACGUCUAGAGGAGCGGGGUGCGGCUGACGACUGAUCGUGUCCGUGGACCCUACACUUCAGGAGGUGGGAGCGCGCGCAGAGAGCCCAACCUUCGGUUUCUUAAGGGCCGAGCUGGCGGAAGGGCCCCCGCGGGAGGGUCGGCGCCCUGGUCUGCGCCCUGUGAUGCUACAUCGCCCCCGGAGCACUGGCCGGGUCCCACGCCCUCCCCCCGGGACUGGCAGACCUGAGGGCGCCGCGGACGCCGCCGGAGCACAGGACACAGCUGUGCUGCGGCUGCGGAGCAGGGAGGAGAGCCACAGCGGGAGGGGCCGUCCUGGCAGGAGGCCACAUUGUCGUCGGGUCCUGGACGGCGUGGGACCUGCGACUGCAGGCCUCCUCCGGACACGGGGCCAUCUCUGGGCGCUGCGCGGGAUGAGACUCUGGGGCCCUGGCUGGGGUGCGCGGGAGGGUGUUCCUUCUGCAUCUUUGGCGGCUUCUGGGGCAAUGGGACCCAGGACGAAGGGCGUGGGGUAUCUGUUAUUGGCAAGAAUUCCUGCUGGAGAACUACCCGACCCAUAGGAGUGGUCAUCUCAGACCCAAGAGGCCUAACACCGAAACCCCCUCACCUGGCGUCUCCUUUUACUCCUGAAUGUUAAAUGUCAUCAAUCCAGUGCGCUACCACCUUACCUGGAAAUGUUUGUCUUACCUCUAAUGAAAUAAAUCCCUUUUGCAGCCUCCUGUA